CCCUGUUUCUCUUUCUCUUCUCCACCUUAUCCGCCACCAAACUGAGCCCAAAAGCCCCUACAAGCUCUGACCCCAAUCCAUGGCGCCACCGCGCUAAACCCCCCACCCGAUUCAACCAACCAGCCACCAUUUCCAUGGCGCUAUCCGAGCUCCCCAUCCACCACUCCUUCCGCCUCUCCUCCCGCCCCCACCUCCACCUCCUCCCACUCCGCCUCCUCUCCUCGUCCCGCCCCGCCUCCUCCUCCUCCACCGCCGCCGCCGCCGCCUCGUCCUCGUCCGGCGGAAACCGCGCUCCUCCCGCCCCCAGCCGCGGCGCGCCAUGGAUGCAGAAGUGGGCCCCCGCUGACCCCUCGGCGCCCCCGCCCGCCCCCUCCCCGGGUCCCACGCCGACCACCUCCAUCGACCGCAUCGUGCACCGCCUCCGCAACCUCGGCCUCGGCACCGACGACGACGAGCCCUCCGCCGCCGCCACUCCCCUCAACGGCAAGGAGCGCCUCGGCGACCUGCUCGACCGCAGCUGGGCGCGCCCCGACCGCCACUUCGCCGCCUCCAGCUUCGACCAGGCCGUCCUCCCUUGGGAACGAGAUCAGGACACCGAUGGCGGGAUGGAUGAGGAGGAGGGUGGGGCCAAGAGGAAGAGGGUCAAGGCGCCCUCGCUGGCGGAGCUCACGAUGGACGACGCCGAGUUGCGGCGCCUGCGGGGCAUGGGCAUGACUCUUCGAGACCGCAUCACCGUGCCCAAGGCCGGGGUCACGCAGGCCGUCACGGAGAAGAUCCAUGAUGCCUGGCGGAAGUCGGAGCUGGUCCGGCUCAAGUUCCACGAGGACCUCGCCAACGACAUGAAGACUGCCCACGAGCUCGUCGAGCGGCGUACAGGAGGAUUGAUCAUAUGGAGGGCUGGGAGUGUUAUGGUUGUUUACCGAGGGAACAAUUACACAAGGCCUACGAAAUCUCAAACGUUGGAUGGCACCUCAUCUACAAGGAAAGGGGAAGAUAAUACAUUGUUCAUCCCAGAUGCCUCGAGCCCUGCAGAGAAUGAUAAUCAGGGGAAGGAUUUGACUGCUCAACAUGAUAAUUUAUCCAGAUUAAAUAUUCACAAUACAGAUGACAUGACUGAAGAAGAGCUGGAGUUCAAUCAAAUGCUAGAUGAGCUGGGUCCUCGUUUUGUGGAUUGGUGGGGAACAGGAAUUUUACCUGUGGAUGCUGACUUGCUGCCUCAAACAAUUCCAGGAUAUAAAGCACCAUUUAGACUUCUUCCAACUGGAAUGCGUACAAGCCUUACCAACGCAGAGCUGACUAAUUUGCGGAAGUUAGCGAGGAGCCUCCCAUGUCAUUUUGCUCUAGGGAGAAACCGGAAUCAUCAAGGCUUGGCAUCGGCUAUUAUUAAGCUCUGGGAGAAGAGUUUGGUGGUGAAAAUAGCCGUCAAACGUGGAAUCCAGAAUACAAAUAAUGAGUUAAUGUCAGACGAAAUAAAGAAACUAACAGGGGGUACCCUGCUUCUUCGAAAUAAAUAUUUCAUUGUAAUAUAUCGUGGAAAAGACUUCCUUCCACAAUCUGUAGCAGUUGCCUUGGCUGAAAGAGAGGAGCUGACAAAAGAUAUCCAGAAUGUUGAAGAGCAGAGAAGAUGCACUCCCAUUGCACACUCUCCGGAGGACGGAUUUGAUGGGCAUGCUCUCGUGGGAACACUUGCUGAAUUUCAGGAGGCACAAGCCCGUUGGGGAAGAGAUGUAACUUCUAAGGAGCAAGAAGAAAUGAAAGAAGCAUCUUCUAGAUUAGAAAAGGAAAAGAUUUUCAGAAGACUCGAACACAAGCUUUCCAUUGCCCAGGCAAAAAUACAUAGAGCAGGGAAGUUAUUAUCAAAGAUUGAAGCUUCUAUGAUCCUUGCAAACCCAUCCGAUGAUCGAGAAAUGAUUACAGACGAGGAAAGAUCUGUUUUCCGCAGAAUUGGUUUGAAAAUGAAAGCGUAUUUACCUGUCGGAAUCCGUGGUGUCUUUGAUGGUGUCAUUGAAAAUAUGCACUUGCACUGGAAGCACCGGGAAGUUGUCAAACUGAUAACAAAGCAAAAGACGUUGGCCUUUGUCAAUGAGACAGCACGACUUCUUGAGUAUGAGAGUGGUGGUAUACUAGUUGCAGUUGAAAGAGUUCCCAAGGGUUAUGCACUUAUUUUUUACCGUGGGAAGAAUUAUAGGAGGCCUAUUAACAUAAGGCCUAGAAAUCUUUUAACAAAGGCUAAGGCAUUGAAGCGUGCAGUUGCAAUGCAACGCCAUGAGGCCCUCAGCCAGCAUAUAGCUCAAUUGGAAAGCAAUAUGAAGCAGAUGAAGUUUGAUUUGGGUAUGGAGGACUACGAUGAAGAAGACGAGGAUAGCUCAGAUUCAGAAAGCGAUGACAAUACAGCAGCCUCCGCAAGCUAUGACGAGGACCAAGAAGAUUUUGAUGAAUCAAGUGAUGAAGAUGAAUACAGAGAGUAUGAUAAUAAAGAUUAAGGUGCCGAGAUUGAGAGUUAGUGUGCAAAAGAAAUUAUAUGAAAUUCUAGGCGAUGUUAAUCUCCACAGAUUAUAUUGAAGCCCAUUGGACGUUCUUGGUUGACCUGUGGCGCAGGAAGCCAGGAACCAAGAGGAUGUCCGAUGUUGCCUUGUAUAUCUACGUCUCUGUUGUGAUGCCGAGCUGUACUCCCUUUGAUUUGUUCUUGGCAAAAGGAUUGUUGGAUAUCUGCCGUUGAAGUGUCAACUGUAGGUUCCUCGCAAAAAAAAAAGAAAAAAGAAGUGUCAGCUGUAGGUUGGGCAUAAAUGGUCCUCCCCCCUUUGUAUUUGUUGGACGGAAGGAGUAUACCUAUCGGUGAGGCAGAAUCACGGUAUACGCUCCUUCCUGCUGCAACCAUAUAUAUACCAGAAUAAAUUACUCCCUCCAUCCCCUAUUAAGUUGUGAACAAUUAAUAUGGGACGGAGUGAGUAACUUAGAUCAACAGAUAGUCAAGGAAUGGUUGUUCGGUUCAAUUUGUUUCGGUGCUCUUGCACACUUGGUAGGAUGCAAAAGCUUGGGUAACUCAGUGCAAUCCUUUUUCAUCUA